AUGGUUCAACUCACAGAAGUAAUAGACGAGUACUUCCAGGAGGGCCAGCCUGGCCCAGAAGAGGAUGACGACUUCACAGAUACCGAUUCCGAAAUCUCUACCGAAUCUGACUACGAUCCGACGAGCGAGACAUUCAGCGAGCGCCUGUAUGCGCUGCGUGACAUCAUCGCUCCCACGACACGAGCCAGCAUCGCCAACAAGGUGAACGCCACGGCCGACACAUUCAAAUCCGUCCUGUCUUUCAGUGGCAAGACGUUAUGGGUUCUCAGCAGCUCGGCACUCCUGCUGGGUGUUCCGUGGGCGCUCGCGUGGGCUGAGGAGCAGCAGGUUAUGGAGAUGGAGAAGGAGAUGAAGAUGCGCGAGAUGGGCGGAGAGCUUCUGACUGCGGGUAAUGCCGCUGGCUCGCCAACGGCUGACCAGGUCGGCGCCGCUCUUGGCCGAGAGGCCCAGCCUGCUCUGUAA